GAGUGGUUCCGGGAGGGAGGGCCCCUCCCACCCGACACUGACCCCGGUUGAACUCCAGACCCCGGCGGCGGCUGCUGCUGCUGCUGCUGGACCCACCUCGCCAUGCCGAGGCGGGAGCCGCGCGGCGUUUCGCGAUCGGCAGUCGCUCACACGACGCCGCUGUUCGUCUCCUUCCUGCUGCUGCUGCUGCUGCUGUGUCUCGCCUGCUGCUGCUGCCAGCCCGUGGCAGGUGCUGAAGUUGGUGAGCGGAUGAACUCCCAGGGCUUGGUGACUGGGGAACCACAGAGAUGGGACGUCACGGUUCCAUACCGGCUCAUUGGACGGGACAAGCGGGAGGUCACGGAUGCCACCGCGCGGGGACGGCACCCAGAAAGGGUUCGAUACAUAAUUGAGGUGGAGGGGACUCAGUACAUCUUGUCUCUUCGACGCAACAGUUUAUUGUUUUCGGGAGAUGCCGAAUUUUCACGCCUCGUCAACUCCAACAAUGUCCACGGAAACAGGAGCGAGCACUGCUUCUACCAGGGCCACGUCGAGGGGCACAGGGGCUCCGCCGUGGCUCUGAGCACCUGCCGUGGGCUCAGGGGCCACUUCAGCAUGGGGGACGUGAGUUACGGGGUGGAGCCGUGGGGGGGGGCAGGCGUGGCGGGGGAGAGGGUGGGGAGCCUCCACCGCGUCUUCCGUCUGAGCGACGCCUUCCCCGCCUCGAACUCCUCCUCCUCCGCUUGCGGCGUCGUCCAUUCGGAGGAGCCCACGCUGCACCACGACCCAGCGCUGGAGCCACUCGGGGGCCAGCAGCAGCAGUUCCACUUCCGGAGGAAGCGGAACGUGCUGCCCAGCACACGCUACGUGGAGCUUCUCUUCGUCCUGGACAACACCCUGUACACUGGACAAUAUCAAUCCAACAAGACGUUGGCAGUUCACGACAUGGCCGAGCUGGCCAACCUGGUGGACUCGUAUUACCGCGUGCUGGACAUUCGGGUGGUGCCCGUGGGGGUGCACGUCCUCUCGGCCCAAGAGGAGGCGGCGGUGAUGGCGGAGGGUGACUCGGCGGGGACCGUGCUCGGAAAGUUCCUCAAGUGGCGGGAGAGCAACCUGGACUCGAUGAAGCGGCACGACAACGCCCAGCUCAUCACCGCACGGCAGUUUCAGAGCAUCCUGGGCAUGGCGUACGUGGGAACGGUCUGCCUACGAGCAACAUCUGGUGGAAUCAACACGCUGGUGGGGAGCAGUGUGCUGAUGACGGCGUCCGUGCUGUCCCACGAGCUGGGACACAACUUGGGCAUGAGCCACGACGACAAUCGCACCUGCAGCUGCGCCGCCGAGCACGGCUGCAUCAUGGGGGCGGUCAUGGGGUCGCCACCGGCGACGGUGUUCAGUGGCUGCAGCGCGGACGACCUGGAGGGGCUGGUGAACGGGGCCACCUGCUUGCUGAACGUGCCCAAGGCGGACGAGGCCUUGCGCCCUCCCGUCUGCGGGGACAAGAUGCUGGACGCCGGCGAGGAGUGCGACUGCGGCUCCCCCGAGGAGUGCGACAACAAGUGCUGCGACGCCCGCACCUGCCGGCUGCGAUCCGGAGCGCGCUGUGCCUACGGCUCCUGCUGCAAGGACUGCCAGUUUGUGGGCCAGGGCGAGGUUUGCCGAGCGGCCCAGGGCGUGUGCGACCUGCCCGAGUUCUGUUCCGGCUCGGCCGCCUCCUGCCCGGAUGACUCGUUCCUGCAGAACGGCCACCCCUGCCAGAACGCCGCCGCCUACUGCUACAACGGCGUCUGCCAGACGUACACGUCGCAGUGCGAGGCCAUCUGGGGCCCCGAAUCAAAUCCUGCUUCUGACGAAUGCUUCUUGACCGUCAACACAAAAGGAAACGAGUUUGGCAACUGUGGAACGGUCCCCAGCGGCAAGUACAAGUCCUGCUCCCGCAAGGACGUCAAGUGCGGGAAGCUGAUCUGUGAGAGCAAGAGCAAUCAGCCGCUCAUCGGCCACACGCUGCCAAACUUCGCCUUCUACGGCCAGUGCCGGGCGGUGGAUUACAACCUGGGCAGCGACGUUCCCGACCCGGCUCUCGUGCAGUCCGGCACCAAGUGUGCCGACGGCAUGGUGUGCUUCAAUCAACAAUGUCAAGACGCAAGAGUAUUAAACUAUUCUAUUGACUACACCAGCGAAUGUAAUGGCCAUGGGCAACACAACAACCGCAAGCACUGCCACUGCGCGGAGGGAUGGGCUCCGCCAGACUGCUCCUCCACAGGAUGUGGAGGCUCCGUCGACAGCGGCCCCACCUGCAAGAAGCGCAGCAGGCUGUGGCCGCUGUCCGUGACGCUGCUUAUCGUUGGAGGAAUAGCCAUCUACCUUUACAGGAGAAAUUACAGCAACAAAAAAAGAUCUCAAAACAAUGCUCAGCAGCUUAACCCAGAACCACCUGCGGGGUCUACCCACGCACCGCAAAAACCUUGGAAUGCACCAGCAGCGCCCGCGGACUGGGACAGCCACCCCUCGACCACGGGACCAUCUUGGGACGACCCUCCCAGCCGCCCUCCCAGACCCAAGGCUCCCGCGGUUGGAAGUACAGCUAACGCGCACACUCCCAGCCAACCGUACACAGUGCCCGACUACUGGAGCCAGGCUUCGGAUGGUGACAUUUCAAGUGGACCUUUGAACAAGUACUGAAUAUACCCAACGUCGCCUCUGAAAAUGCCUACAGUUAACUGUAAUUGACGAGUGACUGACAGCACUUAUCACAGUAGUGGGGACUGAUGCAUCACCUACGGAUCACUCCUAUCAGUUCGGGUCGUGCUGCGCAUUGUUCGAUACCAUGUCCAAGUUUUGGCAUCGUAGCACAACUGCAAAAAACCUCCACACACGUCUAACUUUUCAUUCAAGACUAUCAUCAACGUUGAUUAGAAGCUUUCGUGACUGCAGGAAUUACUCUUUGGUUCUUUCGGUAAAGUCACGUGACUUUACUAUCAUCAACGUUUUCAACAGCGUACACAUUCUACCUGUCAUCCUGUUCACGUUGUCCCGUUCAGAAGACGACAUUUGCAUGCUUAUUCUCAGAAAAAUAUAUUUAUCCAUAUUUCAAUGUUUUUAAAAGCGUACAUAGGCUCUCUCCCUAGCAUAUGCAUGUUAUGACUGUGACAAAAAUUACUCGCGUUGAAUAUUCUCUUAUACCUCUUCUACUGGACAAACGAGCCAUGCCAGGGCUGUGCCAAGCCAGCCUGGCACAGCUCAGAGGCACCAGGUUAUUUCCCAAACAGAAUCUGGAAUAUGUAUUCAUACUGGAGGAAUCCGAUAAGCUAUAAAGCUUUCUCUUUGCAAUGUCCAGUCGGGGCGGUAAUAACUUUAUAACAAAACAAAAACACGACAGGAGUGCAAAGUAUGGGAAUGGUAAACAAAUCACUUAAACAUAUACAAAUAAGAUGCCAUUAUUUUUGUCUCUACCAGGUAAAGCCCACUGAGAUAUUUUUUUUAUAGAAAUAACCUGGCCACAAAUGAUAGCUCAACCAGGGGCUAAGCCGUGACUACUGAAGUUACUCGCAAUGAACCAGUUAUGAUCCACAUAGUUAUACCUCUACGCAGCUUCCACUGCGUUAUCUGAAGUCAAUCUUCCAAUAACCUUGCCAUUGGGGAUAGCGUAGCACGGUUUUGGUUCAGGCUCAGCACGGCAAAUCGACAGUGGAAAAUUAAACAUACUGUGAGGGCCCACCCUGGCUUGGCUUGGAGGUGUCAGUGGAAAAAAGGGUAUGACUGCUAUUUGCUUCUCAAAUAGUACUGGGGAGGCCUUCAGCCAAUUGUUGAUGACCCUUGAGGUCACAUACGUUUUAAUGCAAUAUUGUGUUUUUAAAGAAAUACUGCACGUUUGCAACAGCUUGCUUAAAUGCUUUAGAAACAGACCAUAUCUGUAAAUGUUUGCGUACAACUGGGUGUAUAUUAAUUGCAAAAUGACCAGUAGCUUUCCCUUGUAACAUGCAUACAAAAACCAGUGGCGUAAGCAAAUAAUUGCAGGGCUGCACCUAUACUUGGUCUGUAGAAAAUACAACGACAAAACUACCACACAAUUGGUCAGAAGAACAGGGUCAGAGAUUGGUUGAACAACCUCCUGUGGGAAAGUCAGGGUGGGGAAUUGGAAUUCAUCGACCCAAAGAAUAAUUGGGGGAAAAAAACUUGAGACAGAUUAGCUUGCAGUUGCUUCAGCAUGGUGGGAAUACUUAAUGGAAAUGCAUAUAUGUAAAAUUAUGUGAGAGCCGCAACUUUUGUCAAUUACUCGACAUGUGAUCUGGUAAAUGGGCCGAGCUGUAUAAAUCACGCAACGCACCUCAUGGUAGAUCAUUAGAUAAUUCUGUAUGUCUACAGUUGUGGAAUUUUAGUGUGGAAAAAAAAUAGAAUUCCUAUAUUUCUGUGGCUUAUGCAUGCCACUGGUAAAAAAAAAUCAUAGUUGAAAAGGUUUUUUUUUAAUCAAGUGUGCUUACCACAUUGUUGGUUACAAGAUACUGCAUAUACAGUAGACGAAACUGUGGCUUAAUUUCGAACUGAAAAUGUUCAGGGUCAGACCAGGAUGUGGCAUGUGAUGAGUAGCCACAGCCAAAGAGAUCGGUAUACUGGAUGUGGUGAGUCGGAUGCAAAAAUAUUUUUCGGGUCACCCACCUGGGCAGACCUGGUUGAAUAUAAGCCCUGGAUAAAGCACUUAGUGAAUUACAAAUAAAUAACGCUCGCGAUACUUAAAUCCUAUCAUGCGGGUAAGAAUUGUUAAUUUAUGAAUCACACAGAUUAUAUGUAAAUGUUAGAUUUAUGUUUGUGGGCGAACUAGAUUGAAGACAAACGAUAUGAAGCUAUUGAAAUUAGACUAAUUUAUUUCAUGAUUGAAUCAGGAUCCCAAAUAAUGACGCGUGGGUGGAAGGUUAAUCAUUAAAUUCCUAAAAUACAAUCAGGGAUGACAAGCCGCUGCACUAUCAAGGCGAGUAUUUACAUUGUGCACAUUAACCUGGGAGGGUUUUUUGCAAUUCUACAAUCAUCGAGUUUCUGAGGGCAAGUGUAUUAAAGCAAGUACAUGGUAGAAUAUAUAGCAUGCACUGCUUGCUAAGAGGGACGAAGCAAUGCACCCCUCUGAUUAAUGUAGUGACACUUUACGUAGAGAAAUUUAUUUUGUAUUGAGCUUUCUUAUUUUUUAGUACAAGCAUUUAUUUAUAUUCCCCGAAUUUGCUUUGCCGUGUAAAUAUAAACCUAGUAACUUUACCUUAUUAAAUAGCAAACGCUCAGAGCCCAAGUAAUCUUAAUCAUAUUUCAACUACAAUGAAUGAUCACGUGUAUAUUUUAAAAUAAAAAUGUAUAGCCAUUUGUCCAUGCACUGCUGUAGCAUUCCUGUGUACAUAUGCAGAAUUAUUUCAUAAUGCGCAGAAACUAGAAAUGUAUGUGCUCGGUCUUCAAUGAAGUACAAUGACUUUCCUUAUAUUGGCUGAAAAUAGCUUUCCGUGGUGCCUUACAAUCUACUUCAUGUAUGUGCACGCAUUGCAAUUCCUAAUAACCAGUUAAAUAAAACUUAGGUAUUGUAGCAUUCAUAUUACCUCGACUUGCCAAGUUAGGCAUGUAAAUAAAAUAAAAUCAUUAUACAUGAAUGGGCAGGAGGCAUAUUUUGAGGAACUGAUGAAGCACUCCCGUGGCAGAUUAGAGAGCUGCUCUGUUAUUUAUGAUUUUUCGGUAUGGGAGGCCUGAAUUAUUAUUAUUAUGGGAAUGUGACCAGUGCUGCCAGGUGAAACAUUUCAAAACCCCUACGUGGACACUACAAUGGAGCAAAUUACUGAUUCAUCACCACGUCCCAGCCCUUGCCAUUGUAGUGCACGGAUAAUGUGUCGCGUUGUGUGAUUUAGAUUUAUGUCCAUAUGUAUUGUUUGUGAAAUCUCAAACUAGUUAAUUUACACGUGCGCUUGUUUUAUCCAAUCAGAAAACGCAAUUAAUGCUGUUUACAAUGAUUUGUUUUAAUUAAGUGGAAUGGUGUGUUACUGUAUAUGCAUUUUGGCACAAUGAGAAUUGGCAGCAUAUAACAUGUACAUUACAUACAUUAGAAAAUCAUAAAUAGUAAUGUUUAAAUUAUACACUCAUUCCGUGAGUGUGAAUGCAUUUGUGCAGAUGUACAUUCAGUUUUAAAAGCCAUGUCUAGUCAUUUGUAUUCGCUAAUGCAUUUUUUACCAAGGCAAAAACCGUGCCUUAUUUUUUCACAAUGUGCAAAUUGCAAUAGGAAAACAUGUUAUUUCCUAUAAUAUCCCGUAGUUCCAGACUUUUGAACAGUGGACAAAAGUUAAACAUUAUAAACCUCGUCUAUGUCAAGAUUCACAGCAAAAAUAUACUUAAAAAUUGUUUCAUUAAAGAAAGUGAUCCACCCCCAAGCGGCGUUUGCAUUU